UUUUAGAACCCCUGUUAAGAAAUGUGCACCAGAACACGCUUUGCGCCGCGGCUCGUGGCUAAUUGCCCCGCAAGUAAACAAAAGCAGCCUCUCUCACGGGUGAACAGCGUGUCAGACUGAAAAAUGUCGAAAGGGGCUUUUUUUCGUGCACUACAACAACCAACAUCGCCCCUAAUGAAAGCGAGGCAGUGUAAACACAACUCCAGGAACAUGAAAAGAUCGGGUGACAGUGAGGGAGAGAAGAGAAGAAAGAGGCGCAGGCUAAUACAGGAGUUGGGAGACCAGAAGAUCCCUUUUCUGGGACCUUCAGAUCGAGGUUUUCAGCAGCUGUGGGAUUCCAGUUACUCCGGCUUGGCGUUGAGGAAAUCAUGUUCCCUUCCUGCUGAGCUCCACAGCCGGGUUCAGGCGGCCCUCCUCACGCUGAGAAGGAAGGGCUGUCUCCUGAAGGACCUGGUUCGGGUCCGCGAUCGAGAUGUGUUCACAGCCGUGUCGCGAGCGCUGCUGGGUGAGCCGGGCCACACCUACCGCUAUCUGGAGACGCGGCUCUUUGCCAUCCCCUGGCACAGCGAGGACGCUGAGGUCAAAAGACAGAACUGCUGCGAUCCCGAUUUGAGGGACGCUUGCAAAGCAUUGUGGGAGCUUAACACAUUCCUCUGUUCUGACGUCUCUCAACUGAAGGAGGGAGACCGGUUGUCGCAAUGUACGAAGGCCGAAGGAGAAGCCAAGCUUGUCGAAGAGGGCGAGACGGAGUCUAAACACAGCGAUGACUCCAAGAAUAGCGAAGGAGGGGACUCAGGGUCCAGGCAAAGUGAGGAGGGGGACACCGAAUCCAAGCACAGCGAGGAGUGGGACAUCGAAGAAGAAGGAUGCUCUGGGUCAAAGCAAGAGGGGGGUUGGGAGACUGAGGAGGGGGAGUCGUCCCAGGUCAAACCGGGUGAAACUAGUGUUGCGGGAGUUUCUGAGCACGGUGUAGGAAAAUGCCCCGGCUGGACGACGGAGGCCUUCAGUGGGACAAAGACUGGGCCUGUGGGACUAGAGGCCCAGGAGAAGCCUGUAGCUCAACUUAAGCACAGUCUGUCAGAUUACCACAUUCAGGACAAAGAGGAACACGCAGGUGGUCUAGGCUGUUCUCAGCCCAGUCCCCCACCGGUGUGCACAGGCCCAGUCAAGUUCAACGUCACCUUACUGAACUACAUGGACCCGGCACAAAUGAGCCAGCUCAAAGAAGAACCCUAUUACGGCAUGGGGAAAAUGGCAGUAGGGUGGCACCAUGACGAGAACCUGAUCACUCAUUCGCCAGUGGCUGUAUACAACUAUAGUUGCCAUGACGAAAAAGGUGAGUGCAGCGAAGGCAGCAGCGUCGACAAGUCAAGGUGGAGGAUCGGCCUGAAAGUGGCCUGGGACAUCCACACACCUGGCCUGAUGCUGCCGCUGGAGUCCGGAGACUGCUACUACAUGAGAGAUGACCUGAACAGCACCCACCAGCACUGUGUUCUUGCUGGAGAGACGGCGCGCUUCAGCUCAACUCAUAGAGUGGCCGAGUGUUCUAAGGGGACCCUGACCUACAUCCAGUCACGGUGCCAAGAGGCCCUGUCCAACCUGCACACUGACCCCGAGACGGGCUCCCACAGCCUGGUGACCCUGCAGCCGACAGCAUUACAGCACUGUGAGGAGAUUCACAAUGAGGUGGAGUUCGAAUGGCUGCGACAGUAUUGGUUUCAGGGCCAGCGCUACGCCCGCUUCUGCAGCUGGUGGACCCGGCCGAUGGAGCAGCUGGAGAAGGACUGGAAGCUCAUGGAGACCAUGACAAUGCUUUUCCUGGCUACAGUAGAGGAGGAAGGCCAAGAAGAGGAGGGAAGGAGGGAGAUGGCAGAAAUCCUGCUUUCUGCCCUGACAGACAGGCACCAGCAAAGGCAGACAUGGAGAGACAGGUGCCACUCGACUCUGGCCCAGACGUUACCCCCUGAGGAGGCCCCGGUGGACCGACCCUUCUGGGGCGUGGAUGACCCCGGCAUGCCUCUGCCCUUUGAUCUGGCUGAUAUCAUCAACAGAGUGGAGUCUCUGCUGUGGAGGAUGUGAGGCACUGAUGAAGGAACUAAGGAUGGAAGAAAUCAACCCACCAGCUUCUCUGAAUGAUCCCCAGUUCAGCUUGAGGAGAUGGGCCACUGAUGCUACGUUUGUUGUGAUCCCAUCAUGGUUGGAUUCCUUUUGAUUGGGUCAUCUACACCCUCCUCCACCCCCACCACCCCCCGCCUCCUUCAGCCACCACUAUCCCAGCCAGUGUCGCCAUUCCAGUCACUCCAACUUGGAUUUGUCAGGAAGCAAAAAGCAGACCGCCACCUUAUAUUCACAGUAGUGCUUCAGUAACAUGCUAACAACGCAGAGCUUAGCAUCGAGCUACUAGUAUCACAGCGGUCUAACGAAACAUACGUGGAACCUGCAUUUCAGUGUUAGCAUACAUUGUGUACCUGUUUGUUAUUUUUGUGCACUCUGUUGCUUAAUCUCAUGUAAUCCAAACAUGCUUCUAUCAAUGGAUUGACUCCUGAGUAGUCACAGCGCGGUAGGCUACGCACAUAUAUGCUUUCUGCUUGUCUCACCGGUGUUCUGAAACGGCAUAGAUUGGUAAGAAAACUCACUUUUUUUUUUUGCUCACACGGUAUCGCACUCUUCGAUUGUGUAUAGUGUAACUCCCGUUUUGCUGUGUUCAGAAGUGGAAUGGGCUUGGAGAGACCAAAGAGAGACUAUGAGAAGAAAGUUCUGAGUGUCAUCCGGUGGAAAACAUGAAGAACUUGUCGUGUUUGCGGUGCAGUGGCGUGCUUGUGCCAUUUUGCUUUGCGAACUUCCCUGUUUGUGAGUGAGUGUGUGUGUGUGUGUGUACUAGUACGUUUUACCAAUGUGUCUAUACAUGUGAUCAGUCGUUGGCUCGUGUGUGUGUUUUUUUUUUUUUUUUUGUGCACGCUCUCUUCCCAACACGCGCCUACAUGAAGGCGUACAUGUGUGAGUGUGAUCGUGUGCGUGAGCCCUGCAGGACGCCUGACAGUUGUUUGUUCUCGAAGACGAAGAAAACGGAGCGGCGCAGAAGAACCCCCUUCUUCCUGCGCUCUGAUGAAAGGCAGCACUGAUAGAGUGACCCGGAACACAGCCGCCGUUUCUCAUAAUUACAGCUGUUCAGUCGCUUUUAAUUACUCUUAAAGCGUGUAGAGCACCACGUUCCCCUGUAAUGCUGCGGGCCAUCCGAGAGAGAGAGCGAGAGAAAGAUCCGGAGCUUCUGACAAAAAUCCACUUUCAGAAAAGCUGCAAAAAAAAAAAAAAAAAAAAACGGGUUGAGGAAGAGGGCCGACGUCAAAGUGGUUUAGCAGCUCUGCUAGUUUGAUUUCUCUCUCUAUGUAGUUCACGAUGAAGCAGAGAUGCUGUUUGCUAUUAAGAAUGCAGAAUGCACUCCUUUUUUUUUUACUUCCAAGGUUUUUUUUUUUUUUCCAAGAUGUUAAUGAUUGCCAAACGCUGUUCUUCUUACUUCUUCUCUUUCUGCACUUUUUGUGGUUUGUUAUUGUCAGGGAGAUUUGUUUGUAGAUCAGCAGCAGUGUUGACUUGUUUGAAUCACAUUGUGCUCCCGGCGCCCCGGCUUGUAUGUCUGAAGCAGUAGGAAUGGCAGUAAAUAAAUAAAAAUGUGUUUUAUCCAACCUG